UGCGUGUGUUUUUGUUAUUGUUGUAGGUUAGUGGAACAGCUGAGAGCGAAGAGACGUCGUUGUGCAUCUUUAAAAAAACGUUGAAUCGUUUUCUGACACGGAUGGACUUUGUCUGCCUUUAAUCUAAAUAGGGACGGAUCAAUUGGACAAUCUGAAGAGCAAACAGACCAGAAUAAGAUACUCACCAGUGUUAUUGUGUUGCCAUGGAGAAGGCCUGGAGGGUGGAGUUUAGGAACGUGGGUAGUAGCUACUUCCCUCAGAGCCGCGUGGAAUGCCACUACAGCAUCAGCUCGCAACAUACCUGGGCCAGCCAUGACUGGGUCGGGCUCUUCAAGGUGGGAUGGUUGUCAGUGAAGGACUACCACACCUUUGUUUGGGCCCUGGCCCCGGAAGGCUACCAGGAGGGCACAGAUGUCAACUGCUGUGUUAACUUCCAGGCCUCCUAUCUGCCCAAGUCCAGUUCCCAGCAGUACCAGUUUGUGUACGUGGAUGGGAAGGGAGAGGUGUGCUCUGCCAGCUCCCAGUUUACCUUCAGCGCCCCUAAACCUUUGGAGGACCUGGUCACCCUGGAGGAAGGAGCCCACGGAGAGGAGGGGGGGACCGACAUGCUUCUGGUCGUACCCAGGGCUGAGCUACUGCAGAGUCGCCUGCAAGAGUGUCUUCGGGAGCGAGCCGAGCUGCUCCAUGCACGGGAGUCAGCCGAGAGGAUGAAGGAGAGAGAGAGGGAGAAGUACAGGAGGGCAAGAGAGGCGUGGGACAGAGGCUGUGAGGAGCUGGAGAGGAACAUCGCAGACCUGAAGGAAGAGCUGCGAGAAAGCAGAGACAGGGUGGAAGAGAUGGAGAGGAGGCAGGAGGAGGUGGAGGCAUCAGGAGAGGCCUUGGCUCAAGAGAAGAGAUCCAUACUGACUAUGAAAGCAGCCAGCGAACAGCGAAUCAGAGAGCUGGAGGAUGACAUUAAAGCCCUGGCACUGAAGGCUUUGGAACGAGAGACUGAACUGGAGAGGAUGAAGGAGAGAGCCAAGAAGCAAGCAGUUCAAAGGAGGGAGGAGGAGAAAGAGAGGAAAGUUCUGCAGCUCAAGCUGGAGCAGUCCGAGGGGGAGCUGCGCAGUCUGUCGGCUGAGUUCCAGGGUCUGAGGAGCUCCCUGGCCCAGAGAGACACACACGCCCUACAGCUACGUGACACCAUCACCACCCUCACAUACAGGCUGAGUACGGCGCAGCGGAAAGAGGUGGAGAGCGAGGCCGCCCUGGCUGAGAUGCGGGGCCUGCGGGAGCGUCUGGGGGCCAGUGAGCGUUGUGCCGAGGGCCUGAAGGGAGAGCUGUGUGCCCUGGUGGCCCAGAGGGACCAGGGCCAGACAGAGCUGCACCAGGCCAGGCUCCAAGCGGCACAGCUCACCCUGCAGCUAGCCGACGCCAGCCUGGCCCUGAGGGAGGCCAGAGCACACUGGGCCCAGGAGAGACAGAGCCUGCAGUGCAGCACUGAGAAGGCCAGAGAGCGUCUGGAGAAGCUGAAUGGAGAGACGCAGCGGAUAGAGAAGAAGCUCCAGGAGGAGAGGAUGGAGAGAGAGAAGGUGGAAGUGGAGCUGGGAAGAGAGAAGGACUGUAACCGGGUGCAGCUGGGUGAGACAUGCAGGGAGCUCCAGGAACUGAAGGCCAGUCUGAGGGUGGCCCAGAAGGAGAAGGAGCAGCUGCUGCUGGAGCAACAGGACCUGAUGGAGUACAUGGGUCAGGUGGAACAGAGGAGGGAGGCUUUGGCAGAUGCCAAGUGGAGCGCUGCGGUGUUCGCCUCCACCAGCCUCCAUGACAGUCCUCUGUCUGACUCUGAGGAUGAGAACCCUGAGGCCCUGCAGCCCUCCCGCCAACCCUGCAGGCAGCCCCCCCCCCCCUCCUCCCGCCCCCUUGCCCACUACAGCCUGUGUGACCCCCAGGCCCAGCCUGACUCCCUGCUCCCCUCCACCCCCCCUUCCUCCCCCAGAGACAUGUCCCGGUCCCUGUCCCGAGGGGGCGUCGUCAUCAGCCAGCCCGCUCCCCUGUUGUUGCCCAGGCAAUCGGGCGGAGACACCCUAACACACAGCUCUGAGUCGGAGGAGGAGAAUAACACCGACCAGUGCGGAGGACACAGCUCUGGAGAGGAGGCAGCCCUGCUGCUGCCUGAGACCACAGACACAGUCCUCAGGCUGAGUAUGGCUCUCAGAGAUGGACGUUUUGAAUAUCGGGUCGUAAAAGAAGUUGAGUGUGGAGGGGAGGAGAAAGGGAGUGUGUACGACGGAGGCAGCGCGAGGGAGGGAAGAGGCCAGUGAGGGAGAAGGAGGGGAGAGAUGGGAGGACAAGGGGACAGGUAAGUUGACAGCUGGCUAUAGCAAUGAUUUAGCUACAGGCUAGUACUGGAGUCACGGGCCAAUUUUCAGCAUCAUUAAAGCACUCUCUCUCCCACUCUUUCACUCUCUAUUUCUCCCUCCCUCCUUCUCUCGCCUCCUUUUUUCUUU